AGAGGAGUGAGGACCAUGUACCGCAGACGCUCUCAGUGCUGCCCUGGGUUCUUCGAGAGCGGAGAUCUGUGUGUUCCCCUGUGCACAGACGAAUGUGCUCACGGCCGCUGUGUUUCUCCAGACACAUGUCAGUGUGAGCCGGGCUGGGGAGGACUGGACUGCUCCAGUGCCUGUGAGAGUGACUUCUGGGGCCCUCAUUGCACAAACCGCUGUCAGUGUCGAAAUGGAGCGAAGUGCAACCCCAUCACCGGAGCCUGCGUCUGUACCGAGGGCUACCAGGGGUGGCGCUGUGAGGAGCACUGCGACGCUCGGCAUUAUGGGAAAGACUGUCUGCUGGAGUGUAGCUGUGAGAACGGAGCCACGUGCCACCACCAGACCGGGGAGUGUCUGUGUGCGCCGGGCUACACUGGGGUUUUCUGUGAGGAGCCAUGUCCUCCGGGUAAACAUGGCCCUCUGUGUGAGCAGCGCUGCCCCUGUCAGAAUGGAGGCACCUGUCACCACGUGAGCGGCCUCUGCACCUGCCCUCCUGGGUGGAUGGGUCCAGUGUGUGCCCAGCCAUGCCCCUUCGGUCUGUUUGGGAUGAACUGUUCGGAGGAGUGUCUCUGUAGAAAUGGAGGCUUGUGUGACCACAUCAGCGGGCAGUGCCAAUGCAAUGCCGGGUACAUCGGAGAGAGGUGUCAGGAGGAGUGCCCCCUAGGUUCCUAUGGCCCUCAGUGCGCUCAUAAGUGUGACUGUCAAAACGGAGCACGCUGUUACCAUACCAACGGGGCCUGUCUCUGCGACGAGGGCUACAAGGGCCCCAGCUGCCAGGACCGAUACUGUCCCCUAGGGUUAUAUGGGCUGCUCUGCGACAAGUACUGCCCCUGCAACUCCACCAACACCAUCAGCUGCCACCCUCUGUCGGGGGAGUGCCUGUGUGCUGCAGGCUGGACGGGACUUUUCUGUAAUGAGACCUGUCCCUCUGGUUUCUUUGGGGAGAGCUGCAGACGUCUGUGUGACUGUGAGAAUGGAGCUGACUGUGAUGGAGAGACAGGAGCCUGCAUCUGUGCUCCCGGCUUCAUUGGAGAUGACUGUUCCCUGAGCUGCCCCCCUGGUCUGUAUGGGACAAACUGCACCUCCUCCUGCUCCUGUCAGAAUCACCUGUCCUGCUCCCACAUCGACGGCUCCUGUCUCUGCAAAGAAGGCUGGCAGGGCGUGGACUGCUCUCUGCCCUGCUCCAGUGGCUCUUGGGGACUCUUCUGUAACAACUCGUGUUUGUGUGAGAACGGAGCCGACUGUGAUCCAGCGAACGGGACGUGCGUGUGCGCUCCCGGGUGGAGGGGAGAGCUCUGCACCCUGCCAUGUCCCUUGGGGCGCUUCGGUCCGGAGUGCAGAGAGCCCUGUGACUGUCUCAACUCUGAAGGAUGUGACCCUGAGACCGGACACUGCCAUUGUCUUGCCGGGUGGACAGGAGUGCAAUGUGACAGCCUGUGUACUGAGGGGCGCUGGGGUCCAAACUGCUCCUUCACCUGCUCCUGUGAGAACGGAGGAUCCUGCUCCCCUCAAGAGGGGACGUGCACCUGUGCCCCGGGGUACAGGGGGACCAACUGUAGGAGGGUGUGCUCUUCGGGUUGGUUCGGGCCUCGCUGUAGUCACUCCUGCCCUCAGUGCGUUCACAGCUCUGGCUCCUGUCACCACAUCACUGGACUGUGUGACUGUCUGCCCGGCUUCUACGGAGCGCUCUGCAACCAAGUGUGUCCCAGUGGGAAGUUUGGGAAGGCCUGUGCAGAGUCCUGUUCCUGCACAAACAACGGGACAUGUAACCCCAUCGACGGCUCAUGUCAGUGCUACCCCGGCUGGAUCGGACUGGACUGCUCCAAACCGUGUGAUGCAGGCUGGUGGGGGCCGGACUGUAUCCACUCGUGUAACUGCCACAAUGGGGCCGUGUGCAAUGCUGUGGACGGAGAGUGUGACUGCGGACCAGGGUGGACUGGACUCUACUGCACUCAGCGCUGUCCCUCUGGUUUCUUUGGUCCUCAUUGCUCGGAGGUGUGCCGCUGUCAGAAUGGAGGAGACUGCGACCACAUCACUGGGCUCUGCUCUUGUCGAACUGGCUUCAUCGGAAACAACUGUGAACUCAAGUGCCCGGCUGGCACGUUUGGGUAUGGCUGUCAGCAGCUGUGUGAGUGCAUGAACAACGCCACCUGUGACUAUGUGACCGGGACAUGCUACUGCAGCAUCGGCUUCAAGGGGAUACGCUGUGACCAGGCGGCUCUGAUGAUGGAGGAGUUGAAUCCAUACACAAAGAUCAGCCCUGCGUUGGCAUCGGAGCGUCAUUCGGCUGGAGCGGUUUUGGGAAUUGUGUUUCUGCUCCUUCUGAUCCUCAUCAUGUCGGCUCUGGUGCUAUGGUUCAGAUACAGACAGAGAGAGAAGGCCCAACAAGCCCCAAGUGUCACCUACAACCCAGCACUGCACCUCAGCAACGCAGACUACUCCCUCUCCGGUCUGCAGUGCAUUGGGCUGCUGUCCUCUACAGACUCUUCUCCCAGUAACAGCUCUGUGGCUGUGGGAAGCUGCUUCUCAAACCCGAGCUACCACACUCUGGGCCCCUGCACCUAUGCUGCCUACUAUGCCAAACCAUACAAGAGGCCCAGCAAGAUUAAAACUAAGAGGCGUCACAGGAACAGCGCUCCUGAGUGGGGGGCCUACUGUAACCUCAGUGACCUGGGAGUGCAUUGUCUGGAUGGACGGAGGUUCAGUUAUCACAUGGACCCCAGAUUUAGAGACUACAUGAAGGGCUCUCUGUCCAGCACGUGCUCUUUGAACAGUGAGAAUCCGUAUGCAACCAUCAGUGAAUCUUCGGGGGCGGUCUGUAAACACUCUGAGAGCAGCUACGUCGAGAUGAAGUCGCCCGCCCACCAGAGCCACCAUGGUCAUGUGACUGCCACACACCCAGGUCAUGUGACGCACUGCUGCCCUGCCUCCAUCGUCGCCACGGCAACAACGACAACAGCCCCAGGAAUACACCCAAUCAAAAACAUCUACGAUAUGGAGCCGACCAUCAGUGUGAUCCAGGCGGUCUCCUCUUACCCCCAGAACCUGUAUGACCUUCCCAGGAACAGCCACAUCCCGAGCCACUAUGAUGUACUCCCAGUGCGGCCCAGUCCUGCCCACUGCUCCCAUACACCUCCACAGGGCAGCCCCACCUCCUCCCUGCUCUAG